AUGAGAUUUUUAUUAAAGUCUUGUUUGAUUACUGGAAUUUUAAUUUUAAUUGUGUAUGGAUUUAAAUUAAGACCCUUACAGAAAGUAAAGGUUGACGGGAAACUGAUUUGUAACGGGAAAGCGGCCAAAGGGAUUGUAAGAAUGCCUACAAAAGAGUAAUCAGUAACCUUUAGAGAAUCAAAAUGUUCGAAUUGGAUGACAUUUUAUUCGAUGAUCUGAUGGGUAAGACAAAGACGGGUAGGAACGGUCGAUUUUAUAUUACUGGAAGUGCGCGGGAGAUCAGUAGAAUUGCGCCCAAACUAAAUAUGUGAGUAUACUGAGUCCAUUUUACUGAAAAAAUCGAUUCCUAUUUAGAUACCAUCGUUGUAAUCAAAGCAGGGCCCUUUGUGAUGUAAAGAUACCCAUCAAAAUCCCCACAAACAAAGCGAGUUACGGAUCUCAAGAAGAGCCGGAGAUAUUUCAUUUGGGAAUAAUCGAAUUGGGAAAGCGAUGGCCUGGGCAGGAAGACUCCGAUUGCAUCAACUAG